CCAACCCUUUGCCCUCCCCUCCGCCUCCGCCCUCCUCCUCGGCCUCGUGUCGCCAGCCAACCGCGCGGCCGCUUGUUGAGCCAGAGUUCCACCGUCGCCAUGACGCCCGGCAAACAUUCCGGAGCCUCGGCCCGAGCCGCCAACGCAGGGGCUUGGAGGUACAGGGACUUCAGAGGCGGCCAAAAGGGGUGGUGGACCACUCCCCAGCUGGUCGCCACCAUGCCAGUCUCUCCGGCAGGCAGUCACAAGCAGCAGAACUUCAGGUUGAACAUUGUCACACAACCAAAGAAGUCUAUUAGCUUUUUUGCUGCAAUGAAAGCAACUUCAGGGAAAGGAUAUACUGGUGCAAAUCAAAGCAGAAUGGCUGUGUCCAAAACCGUGCUUAUUCCACCUGAAUUGAAAACUGCAGACAAAACAAAUCCCAGUAUAAAGACAAUGCAGGUGUUUGACAUAAAUGGAACUGAUGUUACUCCUCGACCUCUUUACCAUCCAGAUCCACUUACUGGUACAGCAAAGCCAAAUAAACUCUUGACAUCACAAGAAGGAUCACUUGGACCAGAAUUUAUAUCUUCCCAUAGCUUUUAUCAGAAUACAAUAAAUCCUAGUAUGUUAGGGCAAUUUACAAGGUCAGUUUUAGGAAGCAGUACAGUUUCUAAGUCAAGUGUAUCAACAAGUGAAUCAAUAGCAGAAGACCUGGAAGAACCAUCCUAUAAACGAGAAAGAUUGACUAGUUUCACAGAUUUGCAAGUUAUAAGGGCAGCACCUGAAAAAAUUGUAACAAAAGAAGACCUGGAGAAGAAUAUAGAGAUAAUACUCACAGAGACAGAAACACUGAGAUUUUUUGACUUGCCCACAGUCAUGGUCUCUGUAGAAUCUGAAGAAGCUGAGAAAGUAACUCAGAGGAACAAGAAUUAUGAAGUCCUUUGUAGAAAUAGAUUAGGCAAUGACCUAUAUGUUGAAAGGAUGAUGCAGACUUUCAAUGGAGCACCAAAGAAUAAAGAUGUUCAGUGUGAUAAAAUCAUAAUGGAGGAUAAAGGCAUAAUGUCCACUGCCUGGGAUUUGUAUGAUUCUUACAAUGCUAUGGAACUUUUAUCUUUAUCAGUAAAACCAUCUGUGGUUGAGUCAAGUAGUAAAACAAAUGUACUUCCUAAAGAUCAGGACCAAAGAUUGCCAGGGAGCACUACAGAAAAAAAUAGUGAAACUAGUUCUCUAAUGGACAUAGAAAACGUAAUUCUGGCAAAAAUCCAUGAAGAUGAGGAAGACCACUCAGAUGCAAUAUUAAAAUCUGACAAAUUUCAUCAGGACUUAUUUUUUAUGGAACGAGUUCUAAUGGAAAAUAUAUUUCAGCCAAAACUUGCAGCUUAUCGUCAGCUUCCUGUUUUAAAAGAACCUGAACCUGAAGAGCCUGAAGAUUUGUUAGAAAGUGCAAAACAUGAAGAAGUAGAGGAAGAAUCUAAGAAGGGGGAGGAAGAAGAAAUACAUGCAGAAGAAUCAACAAUACCCGCCAACUUGGAACGACUUUGGUCUUUUUCCUGUGACUUAACCAAAGGCCUCAAUGUGAGCAGCCUUGCCUGGAAUAAAACAAAUCCAGAUCUUUUGGCUGUUGGCUAUGGGCACUUUGGAUUUAAAGAGCAAAAAAGAGGAUUGGCUUGCUGCUGGUCAAUAAAGAAUCCCAUGUGGCCAGAACGUAUUUAUCAGAGUCCAUAUGGAGUUACUGCUGUGGAUUUUUCAAUUGGAGCACCUAACCUUUUAGCAGUUGGCUACCACAAUGGCACAAUUGCAAUUUACAAUGUACAGAGCAACAGUAAUGUUCCGGUUCUGGAUAGUAGUGAAUCACCUCAAAAACAUUUGGGACCUGUCUGGCAACUACAGUGGAUAGAACAAGAUCGAGGAACAACAGGAGAUGAUAAAAGAGAAAUACUAGUUUCUAUAUCAGCAGAUGGAAGAAUCUCCAAAUGGGUUAUACGAAAAGGACUAGAUUGUUAUGAUUUGAUGCGAUUAAAGAGAACUACAACUACCAGUAACAGAAAAGGAGGGGAAAAGGAAAAGAAAGACGAAGCUUUAAUAUCUCGACAGGCUCCUGGAAUGUGUUUUUCUUUUCAUCCCAAGGACACAAAUAUCUAUUUGGCUGGCACUGAAGAAGGUCAUAUUCACAAAUGUUCUUGUUCAUAUAAUGAACAAUACCUAAAUACCUACAGAGGACAUAAGGGUCCAGUGUAUAAAGUGACGUGGAAUCCAUUUUGUCAUGAUGUAUUUUUAAGCUGUUCUGCAGAUUGGGGUGUUAUUAUAUGGCAACAGGAGAAUGUCAAGCCAUUUUUGAGUUUUUAUCCAACUACUUCUGUUGUUUAUGAUGUUGCCUGGUCUCCAAAAUCAUCCUAUAUAUUUGCAGCUGCAAAUGAGAACAGGGUGGAGAUUUGGGACCUUCAUAUCAGCACUUUGGACCCUCUGAUUGUGAAUACUGCUAACCCUGGAAUCAAGUUCACAACCAUUCUCUUUGCCAAACAAACAGAUUGCCUUUUGGUAGGAGACAGUGAUGGACAGGUUUCUGUGUAUGAACUGAGAAAUAUGCCUACUGCUUUGGAAUCUGGCCGGGCAGAUAUAAUAGAUACUUUGCUUGGAUCCAAGUCAAAUCAACCAGCAUAAUUCAUCAUUCUUAAUAUUUUUCUUGUAGUUGUUUUAAAAAAGGAAUUGUUUAAUAUCCAAUAUUCUGUAUUACAUACUGUACACCAGAUUUUGAUUUCAGAAAACAAUAUUUAAUGUAUAACUUCCACUUAAUUUAAAUUUAAUGAACUUUUAUUUCAGAGAUAUUUGAUUAGUUUGUGAUCUAAGAGUUAUUCUUAAGAGUUUCAGUGGAAUUUUCUUAAUUUUUCUAAAGAUAUUACUACUAUACUUCUUGAUCAUAUUUUAAGUACAUAUGAGUACAUGUACAUUCUUAUAUAAUGUCUAAAUGAGUUAGAAAAUUAUUAUACCUAUAGAAGCAAAACUUGGAAAUUAUUAGAACCGCUUAAACUAAAAUCUUUAUAACACACAAUUCUAUUGACUUUUAAAGCUUCUGCUUUCCAGGCACUGCUUUCUAGGCUGUGUUUUCCAGAGUUUAUAAUUACGUAGUUUUUAGUAUGAUGAAAAUAGUGGAUUCUUGUACCUAACGUUUUAUCCUCUUAGAACUGAGAGACGAAGCUAUAGAACUUUGUUAGACUAUUUGGCAAGCAAAAUAUAUGACAGUAAAUAUCAGAAUUUUAUUGUUUGGCCAGUGAUUAUCACAUUCCCAAUUCAGUAAGAAAAAUUAAUCUGGGACACAACAGGGUACUCUCCUCUGUUUGCCCAGAAUCAGCUCUGGAUUUUAAGCCCAGACUUCAGUGGACCCAGAUAGAAAAUAAAAAGUCUCUGAUCUAUAGGCCACAUCAGGAUGUUAUUUUAUGAAGAGUUCUAGAGCAAGGUUGUGAAAAUCGGAGUGUAGAUGGGGAGCCGUGACUCCUCCAAAUACUCAUGGCUAACAGGCUAUUUUAGGCAGUUUGUUUUAACAAAUCCUGGGUCUAACUGAGAACACAGGACAUUAUGGGCUAUUCUAUAAAGCAUUCUACAUGGAGAGGAGAGGAUAGGGCAUAUGAAAUUCACUAAACUCUCUGGAAAAAAUAAUAUAUAUAUUAUAAUAAUAUAAUAUAUAUACAUACACACACACACACACACACACACAUAAAACCAAGACUGAAAUCAAUACAACAGUGGGAACUACCUUUUACAAGUAUCCAUUGCUUCGUAAUCUCCAUUUGUUUGGAGCCA